UUUCUGGACAUAUAAAUUUUUCUCGAAUUAAUUAAUGACCUAAUAAUAAUUUCCAUUUUCCUAUAAGUACCUCCUUAGCUCCGCCUCAACCUCAACUGAGCGUUUGCACAUAUCUAUAAUACUAAAGUAACAAACAUGGCUGGUGAAGCUGAUGCCUACAGAUCUUUCCUGCAUGGUCAAGAAGAGCAGAGCACCCAGUGGAGACAUGGCGCCCCUCCCACUUACCAUGUCGUCAACAAGCUCUUCGAAGAAGGCCGAACCAAGGAAUGGCCAAAAGGGUCUCUGGAAGAAACAGUUCAGAAUGCUGUGAAGUCAUGGGAGAUGGAGGUGUCCCACAAAACUCGCUUGCAAGAAAUCAGGAGCAUUAACCCAGAAAAGUUCAGGCUCUUCGUCAAUGGGAGGGAGGGAUUAACUGGGGAAGAGAUUCUGGAGCUGGGGACCUACAAUGCGCUGCUGAAGAACAAUCUGCCAGAGGAGUUUAAGUACUACAACGCGGAGGAGGAGAGCUUCGAGUCGUCGCACGAGAUUUUCCGGUCGGUCUUCCCUCGUGGGUUCGCGUGGGAGGUGGUGGCCGUCUACUCCGGGCCGCCGCUGAUCGCUUACAAGUUCAGGCACUGGGGUUUCUUCGAGGGGCCCUUCAGAGGCCAUGCUCCCACCGGCGACAUGGUUGAGUUCUAUGGCCUUGGAGUCCUCAAGGUUGAUGAAUCACUGAGGGCAGAAGAGGUGGAAGUGUACUAUGAUCCAGCGGCACUGUUUGCAGGCCUGCUGAAGCAUGGAAAAUGAUAAAGAUAAACCUCUGCAACCAAGUCUCUACCCAUUCCCCACACAUAAAUAAAAUUCUUUUUCCUUAUGCAGGGAAAACAAAUCUCUUACCGCCAUGUUUAGUUUGUGAAUGGAAUGAAAGUAGCGAGGAAAUAUAAUGAAAAUUUGAAUGAAAUCAUGACAAAAUAUUUAUCAUGAUAAAUUCUAUUUCAUUUUUCUCGAUUCUAUUCUACUCUUAUGUAUAUGUAUGAACUUGUCAUCGAAGAAAAAGAAAUAUUGAAAAAAUUAGAAAGACCAA